GUUUAGACCUCCUUACGAAACUUACGGAUCCAGGAAACAGCUUAUAGAGUCUCGUUCUGACUCCCUCGAACACGCUUGAUCCGGGACACGAAACCUCGCGGUCGAUCGCCCGACUUCUGCUCGAGAAUCUACCCUCUUACCGCUCGAAGAACAGGGUCGUCGGUCACCUACUCUCUGCCAUUCGUCGCUCCGUUGUUCCGGGAUCAGCGCAUGCUUCUCAAAUAUAAUCAAUGCUUCGAUCGUGCAAGGGAAAUGUCAAGCUGGCAUGGCCCUUCCUUGAAACUCUACCCGAUCUCUUCCCGGUCAUAACAAGGUCAACAUCCACGCUAGGUAGCCAUACCUCGUUAACCUCCUCGAUUGGUGCAGGACCAUCGGCCAUUCCACCACCACUACCACCACCACCACACGCUCGGCGCAGAGAACGAUCGAGCUCUGCUCUAGGGGUAGGAACCCGAUGGUCCGAUUGUCGAUCACGGCGGGAGAAGCUCGAACCGUGUCAUGAGAGUCAAAAUCAACCUCGACAACAACAACGGCGGAGGCUGACGAGUGGACUUGCACCUCGGCCUCUAAGCAUCCCGCUCGGAGGUCGGUCGGGUAUGAAAUCGAACGGAGGGGCCGUCAAGGUGGAUGUCAUAGGAGGAGCGAUAGCCGGGAAAAGGCAAUACGGUUCGGUCGCUCUGGCCGUCAAGGAAGAUCAGGAUGUAGUUCUUGGCGCAGAAUCGUCAGCGUUACCGUCGUUACGGUCGAUGCCUGACCACGAGAUUCGGCGGACAAGACAAAACGAUCAUCCAUCAUUGCCAUUAACAUCGGCAUCAGCGAGAAACUCUACCAGACCUGGAUCGACUUCAUCAGAAGCUCGAAACCGAUCAGAUCUCAUCGAGCUAGAAGCCAUACUAGACGACUGGCUCACGGUCCGUCAGAAACGUGCGAACCGACGUACCGGCAAACUUCCUCAUCAUCAGAUCAAACGGUUCAUCCACCUCGCUCAGGCACUUCGUCACGAGAUGGAAAAGUGCCCUGAACUGGGGUCGAAAGUGGUCCAUCGAUUACAAACGCUCGCUCAAGGGGUGAUCGAUCGGAAUCUACAAGGCACAAAGGCAGCGUCGAAGCUGGCUUCUUCCGAGACCCUGUUGCCGUCUACCUCAUCUUCCCCGGCUUGUGAUUCAACACCAUCAUCCUCGACCGUACCGAUGCUCAAGGACUGGAAACUAUCUUCCCGCAUGGUCACGACCCUGACCGACGGCCUCAUGACUUACGGACUGUACGACCUGGCAGAGGAUAUGAUCUAUCUCUUCGAGAUGAAUAACCGCGGGAACAGGAUCGAUCUAGAUGACUGUCUAGACAUGAUGGUGGAAGCACGAAGAUGGGUUGAGGUAUUGAGGUAUACUUCGGGGAGAAGGCGGGGUUUACAAGAUAGGGUCGCCGGGGAUAGAGACUCAGUUCGUGACCAGAGGCAGAAUCAUGACGUCGAGAAAGACUCGGCGAGGUCGACCAGGUGGUUGGGGAUGGAAAUGAAAGCCUUGAACGCAUUGAGGCGGUUCGGCGAGGUCGUGCGGCUACACGAUGGCAUCGAAGCCAGCACCUUCGAGAAAUCCCCUGUGCGAGAUCAGUUGACGGUCUGGUGCGAGGCAAUGAGGGCGUCCCUGUGCCUGAAACGUAUUGUUCCGGCCAUGGAGAUCCGGGACAGGCUGUGGGACUCGAAAUGGCACGAGGUGGACCGAGCGUCGUAUGUAGCGGCGUUGUCAGAAGGAAUCCGUUGGACGGGCUUCAUCCCAGAGAUCGAGCAGAGGGUUUUGGCCGAAGAGAUACAAAUCUUGCAAGACCAACAUCGGAGACAACUCUUGGACUCGCUCGCUAAAGCUCGUGUGAAAGCCGGAAGAGAGAUAGGUCUCAUCUUGCCAUUCUACGGAUGCGGGGCGGACGACGUCCACGCGACAUUGGGCCUCUUGACGCAAAGUUCGAGGACGAUCGAGUGGAUGCUUGGUAGUAAGGAGAUCAUCAUCAACGCCGACGCCCUGAUAGGGCUGUGGGAUAAGUUCGUCGCGGAAAAGAUACGGACAGGGGGCAUGGUGCCGAGUUAUGUACUCGUCGCUUUCAUCAAGGCGUGUUUGACUUUGGGCGAGCGAAACUUGGCCAUGGACAAGCUUGAUGACGCUCUGCGUACCAACGCCACCCUGCCGGUAUCCUCACCACGGUACGAGUUCCACAUCGCCGUUUUCACACCACUGGUGCAGACAAUGGCGCGCGCAGAAGGUCGGGAUGGGGCGGCGCGAGUGCUCCAGAUGACUCGACGAGCCAGGGUGCAUGUGGAUAAGAAGAUGGCCAUGGUUAUGAUCGAGGCCAUCAUACGACAUUACGACAUUACGAACGCGGAUCAUGUAUCGUCCUUGCGAGGAAUGGUACAGAUUCUCUGCAUGGAUCAGCCGCAAGUCCGCAAACGCAAGCAUUUCAAAGGAAGUGCGAGCCCUUCGGAUCAAGCUUUCUCGCUGGACAAACAGGUCCUGCAAGGACUACUUGAUGAGCCGUCGAAGGAUGCUACAGAUACACCCGACGAGUCCGCCGAAAACUCGCCCCUUGAGCAGUAUCAUCAUUUCUUGCGGAUCAAUGAUCGCAUCUCCUUAAUGAGGCCGAACGACUUCUAUCAUGCCAUGACACGCUUUGGCAUCGAGAUCGACAGCAAGCGCUUCACCGAGGUUAUCGGCACAUAUCUCGGGAUGUCUGACGCAAGAUCUGCGUUGGAGGCUUUCAAUCUGGCCCGUAUGGUCGGGGUCGCUCCCGGCUUUUCUAUGUGGGUGACUCUCCUCUGGGGUAUCAUGCGCUACGAAAACCUGGUUUUCUGCAGAAAGACCUUGAACACACUCCGUCAAGAAGGCGUCGUCCCGAACAUUGCCGUCUACACUACGGUUGGGGCCGGACUAAUCCGAUCCGGCCAGUAUCGCCAAUCUAAAGAGUUCAUGGACCUGGCGAUGAAGCGGCUCGAUCCAGAGACGAUCGAUACGAUCUUUGUCUCGGUCGCCUUCAACGCUCGUUGCCGCGCUGGAUUGCAGACUGACGCCAUCGAGCUGCUGCGAAAAUACCAGAGUCUGGAUCAAGUUGCUCUCGAUCGCAAGUUCAGGGAGAGCAUCAAGCGGUUUCGGGCCUGGCACAAGAAACAGGACAACGCGGAUGCUAGCACACUUGUGGGAGCGUUCGACGAACUGAUCACGAGCGAUGUGGAGGAAAGGGCUGCCGAGUCUCAGGGGUCGUACCCCAUUACAAGGGCUUGGCUACACAAUACCAUCCGGAAGUAUUGGACCCUCGCACCCGCACACAGGUCUGGACACAAGAAGGAUUCACAGGAGUCAGAUGACGAGCUGCUGCCGACCCUGACUGUUGUGGAAGAGAAAGGAGAGGGAACCCAAGCGGUAGGGCUUGACAUGCCUCCGGUCGAUCAGAAAAGUUGAGACAGGGUCGCUCAAACAUGAUCUUAUGAGAUCUCAUUGUAUUCUAGCAGCAUAUGGGACCCAUCCCAUUGUAGUAUCCCUUCGUAGCAUUUGCAUCUGCAUGGUCGAA